GGUCUACCUGGGUGCAGGUAAGGAGGUCUCCCUCCUCUUGGCAGCCGAAAGCCAGGAGUUCGAGAUAUGGUUCGGAACCAGGCGGCCCUAGGGGAAGAAAUGGCUGGGGCCGCGCUCCCGAUGGAACCGCUCCAGAAUCAGGCCCAGGAGCCGGAGAAGCUGGGCUCCCCGGAGCAGCAGGUCGCCGGGGAACAGCGGCCGGAGCCCCCGGAGAAGCCUGUUGGGGAUCCCCAGGGACCAAAAGAACCGGCAACUGUGGCGAGCCUGGCUCGAACCCGGGAUCCCUCCGGCGAGAAGACGCUGUCCCUGCGCCCCACCUUCCUCCGGGUACCCCAGCCGAGCUUGGGUUACGGCUCUUUCCGCUGUCGGGGAUCUGCGAGCUCUGAGCAGGUCCAGGGCCGCGGGGAUCGGGAAGGGGCCGUGGCCCUGGUCCCGGUCUCGGUCCCGGUCUCGGUCCCGGCAGAAGCGCAACCCCGGGAGGGCGAGACGUCCACCGUGGGCGCCGCGCGGGAGCCGGGCGAGGCGGGGUCGGGGGCCUGGGCGCCCGUGGAGCUGCAGGUAGACGUGCGAGUGAAACCCGUGGGUGCGGCGGUUUCGGGGCUCUCUCCCUCUCCGGUGCCCUCCACCCGCUUUUUCUCGGUAUCCGUGCCUGACUCUCCCGCCUUCUCGCGCCAUUCCUCCUUCUCUCGCUCCGGGGUGCCCCGGACCCCUUCCUCUGGGAGCACGUGGGGGGGAAGUCCGCACCCCCUUGUCGGCUGGGCCGAUCGGUAUCGGGAGCAGGAGGGGCGGGCAAGCCCGGGACCCGUGCAGUCCGGGGACUCUCCGUCGGGACUUCCCCGAUGUAGGUGCCGGGAGCUGGGGCUGGAGGACAAGGAAUGGGAGAAGCUACUGCCGGGAUCCGGGGCCGACGGAGACCAGCUACACCAAGUGAUCGCACGCAUAGGCCUGCCAACGUACAUGAAAUCCUUGCGCUGGGCUCUGGCUGUCCUGGCAGUGCUGCUGGCGGUGGCGGUGGUCACUAUUGUGGCCCUGGCUUCUCGAGUAGGAGCAAAGUGCAGACCUUGUCCAGAGGGCUGGAUAUGGUCAGAAGAACACUGUUACUACUAUUCUUUGGAGGUUCAAAGCUGGGAAGACAGCAAAGCUUUCUGCUCAGCCCACCAAGCGUCUCUCCCAAUAUUGAGCCAAACACAGGAUUUCCUAAGCAGAUACCCGAUCGAGAGAUUAUAUUGGGUGGGUCUACACCGAGGCCCUGAAGGGUGGCAAUGGAUCAAUGGGGCUCCGUUGCCCCCCCAGCUGCUCCUAAAUGAAGAUGAAGACAGCCCUCAGAACCAGAACUGUGGGGGAUUGGAAGAAGGGAAGCUCAAAGCUUUAGAAUGUGCCUCCUCUCGACCCUGGAUCUGUAUCAGGGAGGCCAAAUGAUCUGCUCACUCUUCAAGUCCAAAUCCACAAGAAGUGGGCCAGGAAGGCAUCAUGGUAUUACAUGGACAAGGUCAGAUCGUGUGCUGAGGGGGUUUACGGUUUCUCAAUAUAAAUAUUUCUGUGAAACUUUGGCCUAGGGCCCAGAGACAAACCCUGAAAAACACAAAUUAUUCAUAGAAAACUCAGGUAGUAGACCUUCAAUCCUCAGCCAAGGGGACCCUAUUUUAUGGGGUUAAAGAAAACUGGUUUGUAGCCUGUGGAAUCUUAACUCUAAUUUUAAUCCAGUUUCUGAAUUUUUCUCAGCUAGUGACUACUUAGCAUUUCUGGGUCUGGCUCCUGUUCCCCUUAUUUCCAGCAUCAUAUAUGUACAUAAUUGCUUUAUUUUACUUACCAAGGGAUAAGGAGCAUUAAGAAGCCAAAUUCCUAUGCUGGUUGAACUGCCAGUUUUCAUUACAGUACACUGAACAACAGAUAAUGUCUAAAUUGCUUUGUUACAGUGAGUUAUAGUGGCUGGCUACAUUGUUAGACAUUGUAUUUCAAGUCUGAAGGGGUUACAGAUGAAUUCUAAACCCAGUUGGGAAAGAGAAUACAACUUCAGGUGGGCUAUGGAAAAGGAUGAAACUUAGUACAUAAAUGAGUGUUUAUUAGAAAUCACAGUUACUAACCAUGGAGAGCUAGAUGGUGCAGUGGAUAAAGCACCAGCACUGGAAUCCAGAGGACCAGAGUUCAAAUCCAACUUCAGAUCCUAGACAUUUACUGUGGGACUCCGGGCAAAUCACUUAACCCUAAUUGUCUUGCUCCCUCCCUUUCCUUCCUCUUUCCUUUUCCCUACCCCCAAAAAAGAGACCAAGGUAACCAGGAAGACCAACAGGAUUGCUAAGUAGAUGCUGGAGGCAAUCUCUAAAGCAGUGAUUCUUAUCAUAGGAAAAUACUUGUCAUCUUGUAAAACUUGCUGUUAUAAGU